AUGGACCUGAGAUGGAUCUUUGUGUCCACAGUCGAUGCCCGUCGCCGUCUCCCAUUCCAGAAACGGCACCUUGCUCCUGCGGCAAUAGAUGCGAGGUUCACCCUCACGGGACACUCGGCCAAUCUCCAGGCAACACUGAAUCCUCUGGUUAUGAGGCAACCAGAAGGUACUGCGGAAGAUGCCAUGGUAUCCGACAUGAGCCUGGGUCCCCUCCACAGGUGGAGAAAGUACCCUGCACUUGCAACAAUCGGUGUGAAUGUCCAUGUCACUCGCAUGACACACGCCCAAUCACGCCAAACAGCAGUGGAUAUUCUAGCUCUGAAUCAGGCACAAAACGCUAUAGUAGCCGUCAAUCAACAAGAUGCGAGCGCAACGACACACGUCCCACCACGCCAAACAGCAGUGAUUUCUCAGACUACGAACUACCCAGAAGACGUCGCACCGGCCAGCGCAUAA